AUGCACUCAUUAUCAUUAUUCAAACAAAAAUAAGAUUUAGAAAUCUAAAGGGCUCGUAAAUAUGAAUAAUCCAUUCAAAACAAAGAAUUAUAAAAAAGUUAAAUUCUCUUGAAAUCUUGUGAAAGAAUGUAAAUGUUAUCUGAUAGAUAAAUGUAAAAAAUUAGACUUAGCCAAAUUAAUGUUUUUAAACAUCAAUAGAAUCAUUAAAGAUUCAAAUCAUAAGAACUCAAUACUAUUCAUACUCGGUAUUUCAAUUUUAUACCAAAUUAAGUCCUAAAAUUGAACUCAAUUAAGAUGAUUAUGAUAAAUGGAUAUUGAUGUAAAAAAGCUUUCUAUCACAAUAAGAGGAUUAAAAAUUGAAAAAAUAUGAAGCUAAAAUAUAAAAAGCCCAUGAAAUAUAAAUUAUGUAAGAACAAGAAUUACUCAACAAAUAAAAAUUAAGAAUUCAAACCAAAUUGAUUAAAGAAUCCAUUCAUAAUUAACAAUAACUUAAUUUACAAGUAAAUAUUUAAUAAUAUAAUAUGAAUAGAAAAUUUUAAAACAAUAAUAUGCCAAAUUACAACUUUUAUGA